AGGAAACAAAAUGGAGACAAAACUACUUGAGAUGGGCACAAUACUUUUAGCAUGUUUUGUACAAUUAUGCACAAAUUUGCAAAAAAUCUACACGGCGACUGAUUUCAUGUUGUUUGAAAGCAAUUCGCUGGUUUAUUUUGAAAUUUUAAGCCCAGAGAAAUUGCGAUAUGUGUUCAGAGUAAGACCAGCUAAAGAUUUUGGCUCUUUAUUUAAACUGCAGUUUCAUCGUGUUCGUCUCGUCGUAGCCGAACCGCCUGAAGCCUGYCAACCGUUAACUAACAGUUUAGAGAUAAAUGGUGCAAUUGCACUUGUCACUAGAGGAGGAUGUUCAUUUGUAACCAAAUCAACUAAAGCCCAGGAUUCUGGAGCAAUUGCUGUAUUCAUAGCAGACAGUUCASCAGACAAUGCAAAUUUAAUGGUGGAUAUGGUGCAUGAUGGGACAGAUAGGGUGGUUCAUAUACCYGUUGGGUACCUAUUAGGCUCUGACGGGCAUCACAUCAGAGAAAAUAUCAAACAAGCUCAUGUAUCUGAAGCCAUUAUAUCUAUCCCAAUAAAUGUUACUAGUUCWCCUGAUCUUUAUACCAGACAACCACCUUGGUCAUAUUGGUAGAUAGUAAAACAAUGGGGAUAAAAAAUGGGCACUGCCAUUAGUGCCCUUAUGAAUAUUAUAAUAUUAAACCAUAAUUAAAUGUGGUAUUGUGGACAAAACAGAAUUACAGUCCACAAAUGGAUGCCAAAUAUAUUUUAAAAUAGAAUUGAUUAUUUCUUAACAACGAAUUCCAAUUGAGCAAUUUAUCCACCAUUUUACCUUGAUGGGCAAUUAUUGUUGUUCCUGUUUCUGACUCCUUUGAAAGCAAGUUUCAGUUUUCUGUCACUGCUUGAAAAGAUUCCAUUUGAAAGUGGUCUAAAGUGCUAGAGACAAUUGUUCAUGGUGCAUUUGUCUGUCAAUGUCAUUUACAAGUGCCCCCAAACCAGUCAAGAUUUGUGACAAGAAAAAGAAUAUUUCUUAAAGACUGUCAUCAGUUCAUUGAUCACAGAAACUGUGUUGUUGAUGGCAGUCYAUAAAUGUCUUGUCAUCUCGAAUUUCUCACUUUCUUUUUGUCUUUUGCAUUCGGCAAAUGCAAUAUUUAUGGUAGUUUAGUAGUUUAUGACAAGGAAGUCAACAAAAAAAGUUUAAUAGAGUCAUUUUCGUUUGUCUGUGAAACAAUUACUACUAGUCCGUGUUUAGAGUGGUUUUCAUUAACCCAUGAAACACACUUUUAGCGUAUUACACUUUGUCUCUUUUGUU